AUGAGCGCUGUGUGGCCCCACCCCGUGUCUCUUCAGCGCUGUCUAUCUCCUCAAUGUAGCCUGCUAUUCUCGGAAGGAGAGAACGCGACCGAGGAAGAAAAAGAAGAGAAAUAAAACCCUCGAAGAAUCGUUUUAUUUUGUAUUUUUUAAAUCUUUUGGCUGUCGUUCACCUUCGUCGAGCGGCGGCCCGGAGAGGAGCGGCCUUCACGGUGGGAAUGUGCUGCUACAACAACCCCGCGUCCUAUUUUUUCUGAAUGUAAAAUGCACAUGUAGUUGUCAAGCCUGUGGCGUGUUUACCCACCUUGAAUUCAAAGGGGGGAUAUGUGAAAAUGUAUGUUUGUGUGUAUAGGUGUGUAAACAUUUAUAAGCCGUGUGUUUAGGCUAUGAAAACCUGAGCCCUGUGACAGCGGGGGUUGAUUUUUCACCUGCAAGAGAAACGUGGAUACAUUUCGAGGGAUUCUGACAUCUUGGUCACGUUUUCUUUUUCUUUUCUUUAGGCUUUUUUUUAAUUGAUUGUCCUCUCGUGGAGGGAUUCGCCGGAGCCGAUUUCGGAAUACAUAUUUAAAAAAGCAAAGGUUGUCGGUGCGCAGUUUUUUUUUGGCUUUGUGGUGAUGUGAGGGGCUGAUAACAUUUCUGCAACAAAAGCGAGGGGCAGAGAGGCAGAAGGAGGCCCUUUUUGGAGGAAAAAAUCAGCAAGGAGCAGCCAUCACAAACUAGAGAGCAAAAUAGGGAGAUAUUUGGGUCGUUUUGGGGUUUGAGAAGGAGCACCCAGCAGUGAGUUCUGGAGCUGUCUUCGAUGUAGCGAACCGGAUGACGACGGAAGGAAGAAGAAUACCACACAUGUAGCUCGUUCGGGUGUAAAUAUUUCUCUUCCUGCUGCUGGGUUCCCGACAUAGACAACCGUCGGGGUGGAAGAAGUAGAAAUAGCUAAAGAGUAUACAUAUACACUUGUGGACAUGUUUAAGAAAGGCGACGUGGAGACGAGCCGCGCCACAGCCCGGGCGAGCCUUACGGACAGGCCGAGUUCAGCUCCUUGUCACGGGCAGCAGUGAGACGCGAGUCCCCGGCUUUUUUCUCUCUUUUUUUGGAGAUGCGAGUUAGACUGCUUCUGCUGCCUCCGUUUGAGGUGAAAUCUCGCUUUUGGAUUACAAAUCUCAACCCACUUGACGGGGAAAGGGUUUGAAUACAGCUAAGCAAACACUAAACUGCAUUAAAAAAAGCCCCGAGUACGAAUCUGCAAACUGAAAAGGCGGCCUCCGUCCGUGUAUCCUGCCCUGUUUUUUUUUUUUUGACAGCAAAAUACGGACAUAAUUUUUUACACAGAGCUGAACCACAGACAUUUUUGUUCGUUUUGAACCAGCCCAGGAACAUUGAAAACUGUACAUGUGUGUAACCCUGCUCUCUCACCUGAGGGUGAAACGAGGGGAAUAGUUAGUUUCAUUUAUUUAUUUUUGUUCCUCCAAAUCCAUCCCCUCCUCCCUCUCUCCUGCACUACUCCUCCUCCUCCUCCCAAGGAUCCCCAUUUUUUUUCUUUUUUGUUUCAUUUUUGGAAAGAUGGGUUGUUUGGGCAAUAGCAAGACUGAAGACCAGAGAAAUGAGGAGAAGGCACAAAGAGAAGCAAACAAAAAGAUAGAGAAGCAGCUCCAAAAAGACAAACAGAUCUACAGAGCAACACACAGACUACUACUACUAGGAGCUGGAGAGUCGGGAAAGAGCACCAUAGUAAAACAGAUGAGGAUCCUACAUGUCAAUGGCUUCAAUGCAGAAGAAAAGAAACAGAAAAUUCAGGACAUCAAGAACAAUAUAAAAGAGGCUAUUGAGACCAUAGUAACAGCCAUGAGCACCCUAACACCACCUGUGCAGCUGGCAUGUCCAGAGAACCAGCACCGGAUCAAAUAUGUCCUCAACCUCGUCAACCAGAAGGACUUUGAUUUUCCAUCUGAGUUUUACGAUAAUGCAAAGACAUUGUGGCAGGAUGAAGGAGUCCGGGCAUGCUACGAAAGAUCCAAUGAGUAUCAACUAAUCGACUGUGCCCAAUACUUUCUAGAUAAGAUCGACAUUGUGCAACAGAAUGACUACACUCCAUCUGAUCAGGAUUUGCUUCGCUGCAGAGUACUGACUUCAGGGAUCUUUGAGACAAGAUUUCAAGUGGACAAAGUUAAUUUCCAUAUGUUUGAUGUUGGUGGUCAGAGAGACGAACGCAGGAAAUGGAUUCAGUGCUUUAACGAUGUAACGGCCAUCAUCUUCGUGGUGGCCAGUAGCAGUUACAACAUGGUGAUCCGGGAGGACAAUCAGACCAACCGUUUACAGGAGGCUCUCAACCUCUUCAAGAACAUCUGGAACAACAGGUGGCUGCGGACCAUUUCUGUCAUCUUGUUCCUAAAUAAACAGGACCUGCUUGCAGAAAAAGUGAUAGCAGGGAAAUCCAAAAUUGAGGAAUACUUCCCUGAAUUUGCUCGUUACACGACACCAGAUGAUGCGUUUGCAGAACAAGGAGAAAAUACACAAGUUACAAGAGCAAAGUACUUCAUAAGAGAUGAAUUCUUGAGGAUCAGCACAGCCAGUGGGGAUGGGAGGCACUACUGUUACCCCCACUUCACCUGCGCCGUCGACACGGAAAACAUCCGCCGUGUCUUCAAUGACUGUCGAGACAUCAUCCAGCGGAUGCACCUGCGUCAGUACGAGUUGUUGUGAUGGGAACGAAACAUUGUUUGCCAAAAAAAAAACAUUUAAACAAAUACGAUCAGACUACAGAGAGAGGAAAAAAAAAACACUGAAUGCUGAGUCUUCGAACUCCCCUUUUUCACAGAUGUGUGUGAGCGCCGGAGACAGAAAUACGGCCAAAGUACAAACACACACACACACUUGCCGUAAACACACCCUGAGCCCAGAACUACCCCUGAUGCAAACUCCCUACCUGAUGUAGAAAGAGCUGUUUAGAUGAUGGGGUUUCAGGAACUACUACAAAAAAAUAAAGAAAGAAAUAAAAGAAAUCGGACUUAAAUUUCCUCCUCCAGCCAUAGUUCAACCUCUUCACUUUUUGACAUCAUAUAUUGUGCUUCACACGUCCUCUUUCCCUGGCAGAGCGGCCCGGUCUGUGCUGAGUUUCCUACAGCUGAGAUUGUGUUGCUAAAACUGUAGUGCAACUGGACGGGAUUUAAAGAUAACUGCUGAAUUACUGCAAACCGUGCGUCAGAGCUGAACACUGCGUCAAACUAAAAACCAUACACAAGCACUGUGCUCAGGACUUGAACCGUGCACACCAGUCCUUCCUAUCACUUACAGAUAUCUUUGAAUUCAACGUAUCACACCUGCUUUUUAUGGAGUCGGCAGAACCGGGUGGGGUCCGGGGAGCUACUGACCUGUGUUGUCGACGUUGCCGGACCGAUUCAUCGGGACUUUGGAGAAUAAAGGAAUCGAGUGAGCGCCGGAGUCCCGAGGAGCACCAGCGUCACCACGAACUGAACCGGACCACGGGUGUGUGACCAGGGCUCGGAGGACAGGACAGGAUCGACGGCGAUGACUCUUCCCCAGAACUGUUUUUUGCCUCCUGACUCUCUGCCUUGUUAACUGUGGAGCAAAAUGUGCGGAGGAUAUAUUGAAUUUAAGACAAAAACAAACAAAAGAAAUUUAAAAAAAGCCAACUUUUAUGGAAUUGAAAUGGAGUGCAGAAAGCAUUCUUCUACAGUACAGUACCAUAUAAGUUAAUGAGAACUCAUGUUUUACUGUCUUCACAGCUGUUUUUGUCUGUGUAGACUUUUGUGCCAUUGUGCCCUGUGCGCUCUUUCUUUACUCUGUCAAUCGCCCUCCUGUUUUAUUUUUUUAAACCUGACAUUUUGUUUUGCUUCAUCCCCACCUCCUGUUCUCUUCUUCCUUCACCACUUAACAUUUGCACUUUCCUGGAAGUGUUUAUUUGUUUCAAGAGAAAAUUAAAUCUAAUAAUCCUGAACAAUUGAGGGGGUAAAAAAAAUAAAAUGACCUCUACCAGAACUCUUUUUUUUUUUUUUUUUUUUUUUGCAUUCAUGAGGUUAAACAACCUGCCCACAGCUCCCUGUCAUUCCUCUCCCAUCAUUCCUCCCCUCCUUGGCCUCUUGCUCCUCUGUAUGUCUGUCUUUAUUUUACUGCUGAACUAUUAUUCUUGUACAGACUGUAAAAUGUAUUAUUUUGUACAACUUUAUUGAAAAAAAACUGAACUUUUAGAAGAUCCCUGUGCCUUGAUCACGACUGUACGUGUGUAAUGAGCUAAAGUGGGUGUCAUACUGCGCUGUAAAGCUUGGCCAAACCCCGCCCCCCUCCUAACUCCAUGCCAUCCUCGCUUCUUCUCUUUCUUUAACCCUCCUGUUUCUCUAUAUCGCUAUUUUUAUUUUUCUUGUUUGUUGCUCUUCCUCCUCAGAAAUGGAGGACAACCAUGUGUAGCUUUUGUAUUUUUUUUCCGUUUUCUUUCCCCUUCCUUCACAUUCUCCCUUUAUGAUUUAAAUAUCUAUUUUUGGAUCCAUAUACCCCAAAAGAUAAAUAUAUGAAAUGUAUAUGGGUUUUAAAAAAAAAAGUAUUUUAUUAGAAUCAAAUGAACCAUGACAAAUUGUACACUUGAUAGUGUGCGUAUUGCUAUAACUUAAAUCCUUUCAACUGAA